ACGAACGGAGCUUGAGUGAACCGGCUUCGUCGUCAUCGUCGGCAAAAUUCUUCGGGAAACCUUUCGGAGUUCUUUUCUACAGUUUGACAUGUGAAAUAACUUCUAAUAAGUGAUUCUAAAAAUUAAGUUCUAAUUUUCUCCCCUCCCAGCCUAUGACUUUCAUACUGUUACGCUAGUUUUCGCCAUCGAUAAGCAAGCAACCUUGAGUUUCAAUCGAAGACGUCUAGGCAAUCUCGCCAUUUUGUUUGGGAUUUCCAAAAGAGAUGACGACCAAUAACUACUUUGGUUUCACACACGGCACGCAGUAUUCUGCAACCCCUGGGACAACUUAUCCCACUCAGCAAACUGGAUACUCAGUAACUCCUGGUGCAACUGCUGCCGCAUAUCCAACUCAGAGAACCGCAACUGGGUAUGAAACCUACCAGACACAAGCCACCCCCACUGCUUACGCAGUUCCAGCUGGUGCAACCACCGCUACAACGUAUGACUACGGUUAUGCAAGAACAGCACACUCGUCUCCGACUGCCUACGAUGCAAAGGCGUAUUAUCAACAACAGGCAAAUCCAGCAACUCCUGUAACACCCGCUUAUUCAACAUCGGACUAUCAAACUGCAGGAGCUGCGAUAGUGAAGCCGCAGUACAGUGCUACGUAUUCUACUCAGACAACUCCUCAGAGGCAAGUGGUACCGCCCAAGCCUGCAGUUUCAGCUGUUCAGUACAGUCAGUAUGCGCCGCCUCAGCAACAACAGCAGACACCAGCUCAAGCAGUUAGCAGCUACACUGCUAGUUAUUCUACGCCUGCAAGCAUUCAGCCAACGUCUCAAUUAAAUAAGGCAAUAGGUUCAGCGCCUCGCGCCAUCACUCAGCGGGCACCACAGCAGGCAGUGCAGCAGCAAACAACUGGCUACCAGUACACGCAGCGGCACCCUUUCAAACCCCAGCAACAACAGCAACAGCAACCGCCGCCACAACAGGUGUCACAAGUGCAGCAACUAUCUCAGCUUCAACAGCAGCAGCAGCAACAACAACAUCAACAGGUACAACAGCAACACGCUCAGCUCCAGCAACAACAACAGCAGCAACAACAACAACAACAACAGCAACAAGUGCAACAGCAGCAAAUUAAAAAACCGUAUCAAGCAUCCCCCGUUUCCAAUGUUGGCAGUUACCAAGUCAACAACCCAUCGACGGCUCAAGCUGCAUUUGUUGCUCAAUCAACAGCCGCAGCAACUAACAGCAACUACAACAAGCCAAAACCAGGCUAUGACACUGCGCUGUUUAAUGCUGCCUCUCAUUAUAUUAACCAGCAAAGUGGCCCCAAUCAGAACAAACCAUUUUACAAAAAGAGUUUUGGCAACAAUGCAUCAGGACUUAAAAAUUUACGACCAAAAGCUCCUCCCAAAAGUCAGCAACUUCAUUAUUGUGAAGUAUGCAAGAUCAGCUGUGCUGGACCUUUGACAUACAGGGAACAUCUAGAGGGACAGAAGCACAAAAAGAAGGAAGCAGCGCUGAAGAGCGAUGCUCCGGCUCCAACAAUUUCGCGAGGUCCCAUUUCCUUACACUGUGAUCUGUGCGCUGUUACCUGUACAGGCCAGGAUGCGUAUGGUGCGCACAUCAGAGGAAAUAAGCAUCAAAAGGUCUUGAAAUUACAUGCAAUGCUUGGAAAGCCAGUUCCGGAUAUUCCAGAGGAUCCCAAAAUCGUUGUUGCUAAAAGUAUAGCUGCAGCAAAAGCCAAUCAGAAUACUACUGCUCCUGACGGAAAGAAAACUGUUGUUGUUCCUCCCAAAGUCAAUUUUGUUCAAUCUGGAUCCCUCUCAACUACAACGAAACCAGAGCCGAAAGCUGAAGGCAAAGAGAACACAAAAUCUGAGUCCACUCCGGAACCAAAAACUGAAGAUAUUGAAAUGGCUGCUGCAACUUUGUUGGAAAACGAAGUAACUCCUGUUGGUCAUGAGUUUGUUGAAGAAAUCAAGGAUGAACUUGGAAAAUUGGUGAGCUUCAAUUGUAAAUUGUGCGAGUGUAAAUUCAAUGAUCCAAAUGCAAAGGAAAUGCACAUGAAAGGUCGUCGGCACAGGCUAGCAUUCAAGAAAAAAGUGAAUCCAAACCUCCAAGUUGAUGUCAAGCCGUCUUUCAACAAAAAGAAACAUUUCGAAGAGAAGACCAGGAGGACUGGCGGAGGUGGAGGGCCCAGAGAAGAAUUCAUGAGAGGCAACCAAAGAAAUAUGCACUGGCAAGAUCGUAUGAUGGAAGUGGAAGAGCGUAUGUACUGGGACGAGCGUCGGAGGUUCGAGGAAGAAAUGGAGUUCAUGGAAUGGGGCAGACGGUUCCAUGGUCCGGGCAUGAUGCCGCCACCAUUCCCACCUGGUCCAGGGCCACGCAUGAUGGGGCCACCAUUCAUGCCUCCUCCUCCACCACCCCAGUUCCCUAGAAGGUUGGAUACUUCUGACGACAGGCAUGUAAUCGCGAGACAUGCAGCUGUCUACCCUAAUGAACAAGAACUGAAGGCCCUUCAAAAAAUUGUAUCGCACACUGAGAAAGCUCUUAAAUUAGUAUCUGACUUCCUAACAGAGAAUGCGCAGUCUACAACUGACAAGAAGAAUGGAACUUCUGAAGUCAAAACGGAAGUUAAAGUUGAACCAAAAACAGCUGAGUCACCGGCUAAACCAAACGCGACACCCAACAAGAAGGGACCUCAAAAGACGAAAGAAGAUGGACGCGACGGCAGUUUGUUCUCUUUUGAAAAAGAAACAGAGGAACGGGUUUUGAAGGGAGUGAUGCGUGUGGAAAGCCUAGCCAAAGGUCUUUUGCUCCAUGGAGAUACACAUGUUAAAUUAGUUGUGUUAUGCUCUGAAAAGCCCACCCGCGCUCUUCUUGUCAAAGUGGCAGCUAAUUUACCCUCACAACUAUCGAUUGUUGCUCCAGAAGAUUCAUAUCUAACUAACAUGAAGAGUGAGGAAGCCGCAAUCACCGUCCAAACUAAAACGGAACCAAAACUGACUGUUUCUGUCAUCCUAACCUCGCCGCUUCUCCGGGAACAAGUUAAUGCUGCUGGCUCCGAUGCUCCUGCAGCACAGUCGACCCCAGAUCCCCCCGAUCUUCUCAACAAGAAAAAAUGUUUGGACGCUCUGGCUGCCUUGAGGCAUGCCAAGUGGUUUCAGGCUCGUGUCGCUGGCAUGCAAAAUUGUCUCAUGAUUAUCAGAAUAUUCAGAGACUUAUGUCAACGAGUUCCUACGUGGGCGCCUUUUAGUCCUUGGGCAAUGGAAUUGUUGUGUGAGAAAGCUUUGAGUAGUGCUGGAAUGCCGCUCUCUCCGGGUGAUUCAUUACGACGCGUUUUGGAAGCAGUGAGUAGCGGAGUCAUACUCCAGAAUGGACCUGGAAUACUGGAUCCGUGCGAGAAAGAGCCAGUGGAUGCUGCUGCCAAUCUUACUCCGCAGCAGCGAGAAGAUAUCACUGCCUCUGCUCAGCAUGCGCUUCGAUUAUUGGCUUUCCGCCAAAUUCACAAGGUGCUAGGAAUGGAGCCGCUCCCAGCUCCUCCGCCAAUGCCGACCAACAAGUUCAACAACCGUGGAGGUUACAAUAGAUUUGGUCGCAAACGCAGACGAGAUAAUUCCAGUGGUGAAAACACGGACUCAGAUGCGGGAGUGAAUGAAAAAAAGGACAAGAAGGAUACGGAUGUAGUGAUCAAAGUUGAAGGGGCUAAAGUUAGCAGCCCUGCAGCAGCUACAACCCCAGCAAAGCCUGCUGAAGCCGCCAAAGCACCAGCUGCCACGCCCGCAGCUGCCAAAGGAUCUCUUAAAAGUCCUGCCGCGGCCAAACCGGCAGUGAAAAAGUAAUUAACUAUCUGAUAGUGUUUAGUUGUAUAAGUAUCCCUCACCAGUUUGAAUUUUGACUUAACAAAGUAUUCAGUUUUGUUCAUGUUUUUUACAGUUUCUAAGCUGUCAUCCUUUGGUAUCAAUAUUUUCUAAAAAUUUAUUUUCUAGUAGUCACUCAUAUGUAUUGUCCCUUGAGUUUUGACCCAUGUCCUUCUAUUUUUUAUCAAUGUUGACGUGCUCCCCUAAAUCGAUAGUUUUGAUUAAACAACAAGCAACAACUAUGAUCUAUCAUAUUAUUUUCCUUAAUUGUUAUUAUUUAUUUUGAAUCAUAACUAUGUAACCUCCAUGUUGGCAUUGGAUGGCCAAAUACUUUUAUCAAAGAUAACUCCUUGUAUGAAGAGAAUUUAGGAAUGGUUCAUAUGAAUCAUGUCUCUAAGGAUUUGUAAUUUUGUGUUACUCUUGCACAAGGAGAUGGGUAUUAACAACAACUUUUCCUCUGUUGGUUUCUAAAUGAAAGAUCAAAUUUUAGUUAUCACAUUUAUAUGUCUUUUUCGCAACUCUCUCUCACUCUCUCUGGAUACUUUCUAAUGAGCGCUUUACCUCUUCAUUCUAUUGUUUAUUGCAACUUCAAGUGUGAAAGGUAGCUUCAAAUCGAAAUCAAGUGAUUAUCAAUUUUCGCUCUUUUGUGUAAGGCAACUCAUUCAGAAUAAUGAAUUCUGAAGUUGGAGUGCUCUUUAGUGUUUCAGACCUACCUUUGAGUCACUUUGAAUACAAAUUGCACUGGCUGGGCAUUCUAGCUAAUUUCUGGAUUUCAAAUUAGCAAUCGAUGGGAAACUCUUAAAGUUAAGUACAAAUGCCCUGGUAAUUUGUAAGCGCUUCUUAGUUGACGUCUGAAUUUCUUAUUACUUUUUGGUUUCAGUAUUUAUACACAAAGAUUUAGUCUUAGUCAAGUUUAAACUUUAAUUCACACUCAGUCCAUUUGCAAAACUUAUGUUUGUCGAAGCGUCCUGUAUGUUUAAUUUGUAGUGUGUUAUGUUGAGUGUGCGAACAGAAAUGUUGGGUAAGGUUCUUAUGUUUUUAAUGCUCUUCUCUCCUUGGCAAAUCACGUUUUCCUUCCGUUUUCUUUUUAUAAGUUUUUCCCCCUGUCUUGUUUAUUUUUUCUCCAAUAGCAUUGUAAUGGAUGUUUAAAUUACUGCAAUUAGAAGAAAUAUAUGCAUAUUUUAUUUGAAAUCUUGAAUUUUGCUUUAUUCCUGAGCGUAGCCUGCUUUACUGUUGACCUUUUUUGUGGCUACAGUUUCCCAUACUCAUUGAAUAUGUAACUUGAAUCUUGAGCUAAAGGUAUGAUGAACAUUUCUGUAUCAUUUUCCUGGACUUUGCAAAUUUAUGAAGUUGGAACUUUCAUAGACAAAAUUCAAACAUCUGGAAAAGAUUCAACAAUAUUUAAUCAACUCAGACCUCACAUUUGCCUCAUUGUGCUGUGUUUAAUUAGGUAUGCUUUAUACCCGAUUUCAUAACCUAAGAAUUUAAAGUAACUCAACAUCUGGCUACUCAACAUUUUUACCAUCCUGGAAAUAAUAGGCAUUUUGAAGAAGGUCAUCUUACUAUCCUCAAAACUCCUGCUAUUAACUUCUUUUUUUGCCACUUUUUAUUCAGUUUUUUUUUUAUUUUUGAGCACUUUUCCAAUGGAAACAUUUUGGUCAUGUAUUUUGCCUCUUUGUCAGAAGUGUUGAAUACCUUAAACAAUACCUGCAAGUAAUUUAAGUGGAGGAGUAUCCACAUAUGUUUCAGUCAAUUCUCCAGUAAAUGCACUUGGAGAUGUAGCUUUUAGCAUUGUAUCCUUUCUGAAAUAUACCAGUUAUUCUGUUUGAA